AUGGGCUCCUUCGAUUGUUACUGUAUCUUAUGCUCCAUCUGCAUGAACAUUGGCGCCAUCAGGAUUGGAUCGAGAAAUGGCAAGUCUUUGCGCAAGCGAGAUCGCGCGAUGGAUAUAAGGAUGGGAAGACGUACUGGGAAGAAGGUGGGACGCGGAUUUGUGUACAGCGACGAUGAGGACGAAGAAAUGGAAGAUGCGAUCGACCCCGAAGCCGUCGAGAAGCAACGCAAAGAACAGCAAGAACAGGACGAAGACGAUGCAGAUUCGGAUUACGAAUAUUCCUCGGAUCCUUCUUCUGAAGACACAGAAUCCAUCGAUAGCAACGACUCCGACUUACUUACGAGAUCAUCCGAGAUUCUUGACGUCGCUCUUCGACCCCGUACUCCAGAGCCUGAGCCUGUGGAAGAAGUCGAUGAUGGAAGUUGGUCGCAAGAUCCCGAGUUGGACAUUAGCGAUGAGUGGGGUCUUGACAAUUAUGCCAGUACCGAGAACACUGAGGACAACAGUUUUGAUCCUAGACUCAUCGGACUCGACGACGUCAGAUGGAUUAAUCGGGUCCGCGCACUGGCACUCAAUCCCGAGCGGAAAGCCUACAUAUCCGGUAGAGGCCGCUACUACGACUAUGGCUCUCUAGAUAUCGAAGGGCCUGGAAGAGAUCCCAAUGAUCCGGGCGAAGGUUCUUUGAACAUCACGAGCUACGCGAGUGGGGACGAACAACAAGCUUUUCCAUUCCACGAGGCAUGCUUCGACAUUCUCGCAAAGAGCAUAGGACUUGAGAGCAGAGAUAUUAAUAAGCAUGUGAUGUUGAGAACGUUUAGCGCUCUUCUUGCAAACGAAAGACCAGUUUUGGAUGUGGACUAUCAGGUCUUUUCGGGCAACGAGCAAUUUUGGCAUAAUGGAGCGGGAUCGGAGUAUGAAGUGUGCGAUCCUUCCCCCCGACCUGCUCUCCAAGAAAGUAUACAAGACAUCCUACCCGCCAACAUUUUCGGUGGGAGUCCGCAGUUGGCAAAUCUAGCGCACAAGGUGCGAACGGAUCCAAUUGCAGUCCUCCCGUACGACCUGCUUCUCGAAAUCCUUGGAUAUGUUGACUCCAAAGACAUGCUUUCGCUCAUGCAAGCUUCGCAUCACGUCAGCAGCGUCACUCGCGAAGCCGCAUUCUGGAAACAUAUGGUACGCAUGCGUGUAUUGCCAUGGUUCUACGAGUUGCGUUACUUCGUGGAGACUGCGACCACCGAUGCGCUCGACUACAAAGGUCUUUUUCUCUGGGUGGAUUCAUCGACUCGUCCCAGGUUCGGCAUCCAGGGACCCCUCAUGCACAUAGCAAAUCGACGCCGGAUCUGGGGCUGCUGCCAGCCAGUAGCCUCGCUCUACAAGAAAGCAACUGGGCCGGUCGAGCCCGCUGAGCCGGCAGACUCGGACGAAGCAAAGGCGAUUCUAGACAGCUCCGCAUGCUUGCACAUGCCCAUGACCAUGUAUCCCCUGCCAGCUCAGACCGAGACCUUUUCGGCACAGUUUAUUCACUCUUGGAAUGAGAUUACUCAUCGUGCUUGCGUUUUGGACACCUACUGGCGCCAGAUUAACAACAGCCACGACUACUUAGUGGGCAUCUCCGUCACCCUGGGUGACCAAAAAAGACUUUUUGGCAGCUCUGAUGGAUUUACUGGACUUCCGCUUCAUCUUGAUCGUGGGGAGUGGAUCAAGGAGAUCGUCUGCUGUAUCGAAGAUAUUGUGAAUCAGACCGGGCCUCAUGGGAAGCCUGAGGAUCCUUGGCCAUCCAAAACUGCUAUGAUCAGCGGUAUCUCUAAUGGAGCUAUCUCACGUCUCGGUCUUCUUCAAGCAUGCAGACCGGACUCAGCACCACUCGCUCAGCCGCGAUACCCUUCCGUUCAGCAGAUGGCAUGGGGAAAGCUUGGAUCAUCGCUACCCUACGACCGUAUUGGUCAAAGGUAUCCUCAACAGGCUUCAGUCUGGGCGCAUCCUACGAUCCAUUUCGAGUCCUUCCCCACUCCCAUUCACCCCAUACCAUACGAACUCCCCGAGGAUAUGAUGCCCAACGAUGUGUUCAUGUGGAGCAAGAAAAACACAGGUAUUGAAUGCUUUCAGCCCAUUGCAACGAGUCUCUCCAUGCCUCACGAUUCGACCGAAGAUCCCACGCAGUCGACCAGCGCAAGCCCCACAACGACAGCACUGCCCAGCUCUCUCCCUGCAACCAGCACAUCGUCAUCGUCCUACCAACUCCAUACGGGUAUCGAUAUCGUCGGCAUCAACCCCGGCCCUCAUGACAUGUGGGGUAAUCGCGGCCGCAGCGUCGGCUCCCGCGGACCCGUCCUAUGUCAAUCCCCCAAAUGGGCGCACGACAUGACUGAGCCUCUCCAAGAAUCCCUCAAAGCCGCAUGGGAAGAUCUGCAAAAGACAGGCGGCGGUCCACACCCUUACCAACAACAAAACACCGUCACUUUCCCGCUGAACCAGGAAGACAUCACUGAAGUCCACGUCGAGCAGCAGUACCGCGCUCUCAAGCUUGUUACGCAGAGUGGUCGGGUUGGCUACUUUGGAGAGCCGGAUAUGCGCGAUUGGUUCGUGAGGAAGGCGGUGGGUGGAGAGCGGAUUGUGGGGAUUAGUGCGUGUUUUGGGGCGUUGGGGGGUUGGAGUGAGUCGGCGAGGAUGUGGAGUCAUCUUAAGUUGAGUCGCGUGGGGGUGGUGUUUGAGAGGGUUGAUGGAGAGGGGACGGUGAUUGGUAAGGAGGAAGAGAAGGAGAUGAGGGAGAAGGGGGUGGUGUUUGAGGAGGGUAAAGUUGUUAUGUGCUCAGAGUAG